UCUUGAUGCGUGUACGCCAAUUUUCACGACCAUCCCGGGAAGCAGCGAUAACAUUACGGAUUCGUGGUAACAUAAGAAGGAACGUUUUCCUGGUGCGUCGCUUGUUAAAAAGCGUACAUGUUGUGUGUUGGUUUGUAAUCGGCGGCAGGUGCUAAACAAAAAGGUAAAAAAAUCGGGCACGUCCGGCUACUCGGUUUUUUUCUUCCUCGGUGCAACGUGCGUGCUUGUAGAUAUAUGAGGCGCACGUGUGCAUGUGUGUAUGUGCUGCUGUCAAAUGUGUGUGCGUGUUUCUUUUUAGUGCGCUCGAGGAAUAUAUUUUGCGAAAAAAAUCGAAGCAAACCCAGGAAAGUCCACCGUGUUCCGACUGUGUUCAAUUGCAACACACUAGAAGUGUACACCAUUUUGUAUUUCGUUGCGUUCUUGGUGUCUUCUCGAACGUUGAAGUGAUAAGUGAUAUUCGAUUCGUGUGGUCCGUGUUUGGUACACCCCGGAGCACCGGAGCAGCACCAGUUUUGCACCGUUUUCAUCAGACGGACGACGAGUCUGCCUGCAUGUGUGUGUGAGUGUGAGUGGCCCUAUUGCGUUUUUCUGUUUCCUGCGCCACCUUCCGGUUUAGGAAAACCACCGUCCUCUGCCACCUACACUCGCUGUCCUUUCAUCCGCGAAUUGCGAAUGACGGGAAAAGCGGAACAACCGGCCCUGGCAGUAGUAGGACCAUCGUUUCGUGGCGGUUUCAAUCGAAUGUAGCGUGCGGGCACAGACAACGAAGCGAAAGAGAAGAAAACCAUCGCGCGCGACACUCGCACCGCGCGUUCCGCCUUUUGGGCUUCCCUUCUCACGCACGGGAGCCACGGCCAGCUAGAACGAAAACGGCGCAAAGAAAAGUGAAAGUGCGUUGUACACACACACACACACACACUGGUUGGAGAUUGGAAAAACAUAAGGGCGAAUAAUGUCGGAUAUAAAACGCGCCAUCGGCGAUGCAGUGAAAAAGGGCGGUGGUGGUGCAUUAUCGGCGUCCGAGUGUUCCGCGGCCUCGGCGACCCUUAAUCCCUUCGGCAAUAGCGACAAAGAUGGCCGAGGGGAUCGAAGUAACAGUGGGGCGAACGGGAGUGGUGGUGGUGGCCGGGCUGGAAAAAAGCUACCAACGGUACGGCUGGAGCUGAACCUGUUCGAACCGACCGCUGAGAGUUUUCCGGAAUUCAACUUUUCCAAGCUGAUCCACGACGAACAGAAACGUCUUAAAAAAGCACAGAAGAAACAAAACGAUAGAACGACCAAUGGGUUCCUAUCGGAUCCGGAUAUAGACGUUGAAGUUGAACGGAUUUCCCAAGAGCUGGAGCGAAAGUAUGGUAUGGGGACAGAAUAUGCAAGCAAGGGCAAAGCUGCCUGUCCGUCCAAGCUGGACUAUUAUGAUCGUGGUGCGGGCUACGAUGAGGAAGAUUCCUUCAUCGACAAUUCUGAAGCGUACGACGAGCUCAUACCGCAGGAAGUAGAAACGGUUGGUGGUGGGUUUUACAUCAACUCUGGUCAGCUAGAAUUUAAGCAGCUGUCCAACUUCGAACGUCCGGAAGAUGCACAACGUAUGCCGAAACCGAAAAAACGUGUCCUUUCAACGUCGUCCGAAAGCAGCGAAGAUGACGAACCGGGUGGAGCGAAAAAGAAACCGACGCAAAGUGUGCCCGCCGUUCAGCAAGCGCAGAAACAACCGACGGAAAAGUCCGCUACUCCCGCGGAUAGCCAGCAAAAUCGACCACAGACUGCCGAGAACGACAAAGGUAAUUUGGUGGUGACCGUAAACAAUGCGCCAACAGCUACACCGGAAGAGGAAAAAUCUCGCCUAAAUGGACACGUUGCAAAGAAGCAAAAGAUGGCGGAUAAUGGGCCGGUUGCACCGGUAGAUCAGAAAACGAAACCUUCGAUCGUUGGUGAGGGUGGCAAGGAAAAGGCAAAUGGGGUGAAAGGGAAAUCAUCGACCGGUACUGGGACGGUGGCCGGUGCGACCACAGCAGGAAGUAAUGUGGAUGGUAAUAAAAAGGAGGAAAAUGGUGGAGUGAAAGAAUUGAAGACCACCACCGUGAAGGACAUGUUGCGGGCCAAGCGCGAUAGUUUGCGCAAGAUGGAGCAAGAGAAGAAAGGUCGUAGCAGUGGUUCGAGUCGGGUUUCCAGCUCGGAAGCGGAAGAGGAUGGCGACGGUGGAGGCGACGAGGAGGACGAGGAAGAAGAAAACGGCGAGGGUGAUGAUGAGGAUGAGGACGAGGAAGAGGAGUACGAUGAGCAAGAAGUUGGAAGUGACAAAAAAUCGCGCGCAUCCGGUUCGGAUGUGGAACUGGUGUCGGAUAGUGGGAGCAGCCAUGAGAGUGAAAAGGAUACUGGUGCAAGGGGGAAAGUAAUACAGUCGGUAAGCAGCGCGGCAACGAACGGGAUGGUUGGCAGUGACGGACGUACGGUGUUAGUACCUAGCGGACAGCAACCAGCUAAGGAACGGAAACAGAAGGACUGCAAACUACCGGACGAUAUUCCCGAACAGCUGCGCAACGAUGUGGAUGCGUUGAAGGAACACGCGCGUUCUCUGUCCGGUUCUGGGAAGUUAAACUUCUUCGAAAGCAAGGUAGCGGACCUGUUGCUGCGGAUCGACGAUACUGCACGUUCAAGUACGAGUUCCAGCACUAGGAAUGCGGUCUUGCGUCACGUGGAGGCACAGCUAUCGAUAAGCCGGCAGUCUCUCCAGCUAAAGCUGAAAAAGAUUCGCAUUCGAAAGCUCGAGAAUAAGACAAAGUCGGUACUCUCGAAACUCGAGGACACCAUUGCCGAAACGAUGCCAGCGGUUCUAGCCAAGUACCAGCUAGAUUGUAUGAAGGUGGCCGAUUUGCGUGCAGCAGCAGCAGCGGCACAACAAGCCACCACCACACAGCCAAAUGGAGAGAAAAACGAUGCCCAACCAAACCCAACAACACAGAUAAGAAAUCCAAAGAAAAAAUACUUGUGGAACGAACGAUCGCGCACACUGCUCUGGGAGCUGUACAACAUCCGCCAGGAAAUGUUCGAACUGAUGAGGCCCCGGAAUCAAACGGAGGACGAGGUAGUGGCGGAGUAUAUGCGCACCAAGGUAGUGCCACUGUGGCUCAAGGGUUGGGUACGAUACGAGGACAUUCACAAAGAGCUGGAUCGGCGGAAAAAGGCAUUGGCGAAAGGUCAGGGCAGUAGCCCUGUGGUCGUUGGUACACAUAAUUCUACGGGAAAGAAAUCUUCACCGACUGUUUCACCUCUCGUAUCGCCCGUUUCGUCGGUAGAUGCGGCGCUACUGACCGGUAACAGUGUGAACGGUAUGAAACCGCAAGACGUCUAUACACCUGCCCGAUCGUCAACACCGUCGAGUGUGAAGUCGACGAACAGUAAGGGAGGGGGCAUGGUGGAGGCGGCGGAGAGGGUUGGUUCUGUGAGCAACGCGACACAUCACUCACCAAACACGGUACAACAACCGAAUUCAACGACGUGCAUGUCGCCCAAUUCUUCCUAUAAGCGUACCUCGGACCAUAGCAUUAUAAACAUUAUGAACUCACCGCCACCGCCAGCGGAUAAGCAAUCCAGCGAGCAACGACGCUCGUUAGAUGCAGUCGACCAGUCGGUAGAUGGUUUCAAACGAUCGCCCAUGACGCCAGCGUCGAUCAAUUUAUCACCCGCUGAACGAAAACUCCCAUUGCCAUCGCCAGACCGGCAGAGAUGGAACAGCCGCGAGGAUGACAGUGACAGUAGCAUCGAAAUUAUCGCUGAAUAUAACGUUCCUAGAACCGGCACGGCGACGCCCUUCCAAUCUGGUGCCGGUUCCAAAAUAUCCGCUUCCUCGCCCGUGAUCCAGACGGCUCCAGCUCCACCACUGCCAAGUGCAUCCAAUCUGCCAGUCCUGAAUAAAGAAAAGUAUAAGAACUUAAUCGCAGGAAAGCAUAAGACGCACGGUGGAAGUGGCAGCAGUGCGGGGUCUAGUCCGAUCACAGCAGGUGAUACUAUAUCACCCAUCAUGAGCAGUGGAAAGUACGCGAAACACGCACCGGGAGGGCAUGGUCAUGUGGCACCGGGUGGUGUCAUUGGAUUUGCGGCACCAUCCGGUAAUGUGAGUGGCAGCCUUGGUCUGCUUCCCGAGAUGACCGGUGCCGGUGGUGGAGGAAGCGUCCGACUCAAAGAUACACCUCCACCCGUCGACGUGGACGUCCAUCAGAUAAUGAAGGAUCUCAAGGAAUUUCAGGAACUUCAGAAGCAGCACAAUGUCAGUGGUGGGAACCGAAAAUCAGACAGCACAUCGUUACAAUCGCAACAACAACAUGAAGCAGCAGCAACGUCAUCCACGGUAGCAACUGCCGCCUCAUCGAAUGUUGUUGCCGAUUACUUUAUCGACUGUGAUAUGGAUGAGGACGAUAUUCUCUUCGCCACGAACUACACGUACAGUGGUGGACACAAGCACUGAAUCAGUAAUGGCGUCCAAGUAGUGAACUGAACGUUGCCACCAUGUUACAUUAACGGGUUUUCAAACGUGUCUGACCUUUGGGAAAGAUCGUUCGGAUAAGAAAAAAAUGGCAGCAUAAUAAGCCUUCGGGGUUGGGGUCCGCGUUACCUCGUGAAUCCAAACUGGGGCAGGAAGGGAUCCUGCUUCUGGAAUAGAUGGCCAACAGUAAAUUAUAAAAAAAGACCACUAAUCGUAAUACGCGCGCCACGGACACAACAACCGUACGACUGCGAGUAACUGUGCGAGUGUUUUUGUGUUCGUUUUUGUACAAAAUGGCGUAAAUGUGUUUUCUAAUGUUAGUAGAUGGAUCUGCGGGGGCUUAUUUGUUAGAUUGCGUUAAGGGGAAGAUAGCAUAGGAAACACAAAUACUGCUCGUUAGUUUAAACAGUGUUGCAAAGAUAUGGUAGACAUUAGUUAGAAGGUGCCGUCAAUACACCUACCACUACCUUGUUGCUCAUGAAACAACGCCAAUGGUAAAAUACAAGUUAGGUCUAACGAGUACAAGAAAAAAGAAGAAAGGUGGUCGAUGCAAGUGCGUUAAACCACAAAUCCAAUCCUCACGUGUGUAGCGUGCAUGAUUCGAACUGAAAUAUUGAUGUGACCAGCAGUUCAUUGCAGAAGAUUUGUUUUUUCUUCCACUUUCUGGGUAGUAAUAGGGUUUUCCGUUGCUGUUCUUGCCUGGUCGCAAUAGUUGAUUGUUUUACACACUCAAAACAACCUGCCUUGUGGACACACAACAGCAGCCCUGCCACUCGUAGUGUGAAGUAGAGUUACAAUAUUCACGUACUGUAUGAAUGCUGUUGUAAAACGGAAGAACUCUGCAUACAAAGAUUGUAUAAAAGAGAAGAGCGUAAGAUAAUUAAUCACUCUCAAUGCUACCAUUAAUUGCCGCUUUGUUAUUGUUAGAUGGUUUUGUUUUUUUCCAUAAUUUUCAUGUGUUUUUUUCUGUAUUAUUUAUCUCACCUCAGCUAUGUUCUUCACAUCUUAAGUAGCGACGUUUAUUACUCCUCACUGUUUCCACCAAUGUUUAUCUUCGUUUCCAUCAAGUGUGUUCCCUCUUUGGGAACGUUUAUUUUUUUUUGCUUUUAGUACAACAAGUCUGGGACUAAAAUUGUUAUUAAACUCCGUUGUACUACUUGUAUAUUACAGAACAUGCAUCAGUUUGCUUUUUAAUUUUCUGCAAGUGGAAUGAGAUGGCUGGGAAACGAAUCAAAUUUAGUCACACAAUCCAAGACCAGCAAAAGGGUGGUUCGCUGAUAAGGUGUAAUAAAAUGGAAAUU